AUGGAGCGAUUAGCGCCGCACAAAGUUGCUUUGGUGCGCCUCGGUCACCCGGCGCGUUUGCUGCCAUCCGUGCUAAACCACUCUCUAGACGUACUCGCACAAUCCUCUGAUGCGGCAGCAAUAGUCAGAGAUGUGCGCCAAGAGAUGGAAAGCAAGCAGAAAGCUCUACUCAAGGUAAAAAGUGGCAAGGAGAGAAAACAGCUGUACGCCGAGCUGAAGGAUUUGCGCAAGGAAUAUCGUACAAGAGAGCGGACGGUGGUAGAACGUUUGCUAGGCAAUUGUAGAGUAGUGCUUACAACACUUCAUGGUGCUGGAGGCUACCAGCUUCGAGCAGAAAAAUUUGACGUCGUUAUCAUUGACGAGGCUAGUCAAGCUCUCGAGGCGCAGAGCUGGGUCGCCCUUCUUAGUGCUCAAAAAGUGAUUCUCGCGGGAGAUCAUCUGCAGCUCCCACCGACUAUCAAGUCACGAAAUACCAAGCUCAAGAUUACAACCCCUUGUAGCAAAGACAUCAUGCCAGGAUUGACUCUGGAAACAACUCUUUUCAGCCGCUUGCUAGAGUUGCAUGGCCCUGGAAUCAAGCGAAUGCUUACGACACAGUAUCGUAUGAAUGAAAAAAUUAUGCGAUUUCCUUCGGAUACGCUGUAUGAGUCUAAGCUUAUUGCGGCAGAGGCUGUGAAAGGUAUACUUCUGCGAGAUCUUCCAUACGAAGUUCAAGAGAAUGAAGAUACAAUUGAGCCCCUUAUUUUUUUUGACACUCAAGGUGAUGAUUUCCCGGAAAAGAAUGAAGAAACCUCAACGGAUCCGAAAGUAUCCAAGUUAUUAGUUGGGGAGAGUAGAAGUAAUGAAAUGGAGGCCGCGUUGGUGAAGGUUCACAUUGAGAACUUAGCUUCGCAUAUAAAUUUUGGUGUUAAAGCAGAAGACAUUGCAGUAAUAACACCAUAUAAUGCUCAGCUCACCUUACUAUCGCACGCCUUAAGAGAUAAGUUUCCUGGUCUUGAGCUGGGUAGUAUCGACGGAUUUCAGGGUCGAGAAAAGGAGGCAGUUGUGGUUAGUCUUGUUCGUAGUAAUUCCGAACGUGAAGUGGGAUUCCUCGGAGAGAAACGAAGGCUGAAUGUUGCGAUGACGCGGGCGCGGCGUUCACUGACGGUCAUUGGGGAUUCUGAAACCUUGAGGAGCAAUGACUUUUUGAGGCGCUGGAUAGAUUUCCUGGAAGAACAUGCUGACUUGCGAUAUCCUUGUGUCUCCCAAUUACUAGCUGCGUAG